UGGCUGCCCCCCCACAACUUGUCCCAAUGCCUCGAGGCGCCCUGCGAGCGGAUAUAAAGAGGCAUCAGAAAGCGAAGGGUCUUCCAUUCAUUCUCAGAACUCCUGACAUUCAGGUGGAUCUUGUCCUGCCGCGAAGCCGCCCGCUGCUAGAAUAUCCCAAAUAGCCAUCACCAUUAUCAGGUCGGACAAUGCUGCGAGUCAGGUGUCUCAGAGGAGGUAGCAGGGGGGCCGAGGCCGCCCAUCUGAUCGGAGCUAUGCUCGGCCGCGCCAUGACUGGCUGGGUGCAGGGCGCGUUCCAGAGCUACUCGAGUUCCGCUGCUGCCGCGCAGCCGCAACGCGCCCUGGAGGAGAACGCUGUCACUGAGCCUGAGCUACAGGAGUGUCCUGUCUGCGCCUACAACGAAUGGGACCCGCUCGAAGAGGUGAUCGUAGGCCGCGCCGAGAACGCGCGCGUCCCUCCUUUCACAGUAGAGGUCAAGGCUAACACAUAUGAGAAGCAUUGGCCCUUCUACCAGAAGUAUGGGGGCCAAAGCUUUCCUGAGGACCACUUGAAGAAAGCUGUUGCUGAGAUUGAAGAAAUGUGCAAUAUUCUCCGCAUGGAGGGAGUUACAGUUCAGAGACCUGAACCCAUGGACUGGUCCUUCGAGUACAACACUCCAGACUUCACCUCGACUGGCAUGUACGCUGCCAUGCCCAGAGACAUCCUCAUGGUGGUGGGGAAUGAGAUUAUCGAGGCUCCCAUGGCCUGGAGGUCCCGCUUCUUUGAGUACCGGGCCUACAGACCCCUCAUCAAGGAGUACUUCAGAAAGGGUGCCAAGUGGACGACCCCCCCAAAACCCACCAUGUCUGAUGAGCUGUACGAUCAGGAGUACCCCAUCCGCACGGUGGAAGACAGACACAAGCUGGCUGCCCAGGGAAAGUUUGUCACCACCGAACACGAGCCGUGCUUUGACGCCGCUGACUUCAUCAGAGCUGGCAGGGAUCUGUUUGUCCAGAGGAGUCAGGUUACAAACUACAUGGGGAUUGAGUGGAUGCGUCGCCAUCUUGCCCCGGACUACAAGGUCCACAUCAUCUCAUUCAAAGACCCCAACCCCAUGCACAUCGACGCCACCUUCAACAUCAUCGGGCCGGGACUGGUGCUGUCCAACCCUGACCGUCCCUGUCGUCAGGUGGAGAUGUUUGAGAAGGCCGGCUGGACCGUGGUGAAGCCUCCAACCCCUCUGAUUCCAGAUGAUCACCCUCUGUGGAUGUCCUCUAAGUGGCUGUCCAUGAAUGUCUUGAUGCUGGACCCCAAACGGGUCAUGUGUGAUGCCAACGAGCACACCAUCCACAAGAUGUUUGAGAACCUUGGUAUCAAGACCAUCAAGGUGAACAUCCGCCACGCCAACUCCCUGGGAGGAGGCUUCCACUGCUGGACUACCGACGUGCGUCGCCGUGGUUCCCUCGAGUCCUACUUCCACUAGCCAUGCCAGAAACAGACAGUUUUUAUUGAGCUUAAGUAAGGUUAAAGUCCCAAUCAACAAUCUGCAGUUGAUUUUUCAAUUUCAAAAAAUGAAAACCACUUGUUGAUUUAAAGUAAACAGUUAUGUGCAUGACAGUGCCUUUGGCGAAAACGCUUGGUUAUGAGUUCAUUUUAAUGCUCAACAACAACAAAAGUUUUUUUUUUUUUUACUUGAUUUUUAGAAAGAAAAAAACCAUAAGUACUCAAUAUCCUCAAUACAUACUGUAUUUCUGGCUUGGCUAUUGUGAAGCAACGUUGUACCAUCUGAACGACUCUAAGUAACAUCAAAAAACGAGUCGUUUGUAAAGAGGACAGGGUAUGCUACUUUAUGGGUAUGAUAACCAUGACAUCACACUUGGUCUGCGUCUGAAAUGGCACCCUAUUCCAUAUGUAGUGCACUUCUUUUGACCAGAGCCCUGAGUGGAUGUUCGUUAUACUACUUCCUUUUGAGAACUCAGAAAAAAGAUCAACAUUUAUGUCAAUUAUCAAUUGAUGCUGCCAUAUGAUUUUUUUUUAUACGAUUUUUUUUUAUCUAAAAGAAUGUGUCAAACUUUUUUAUAGUAGAUCAUUAUUAUUAAACAAUAUGGUUUUUCUUAUCUCAGGUAUUUCUAUUUUGUAAAAAAAAAAAAAAUGAGAAAAGAAUGAAUCAGUUAAGACAAAUGUAUACUAUAUUAUACACAAAUCAGAAUUUCACAUUGAGCUAGCUAAAUAAGGCAGGUCGUAGCUAGUGUUUCUAUAUGGAUAUAGAAAAGGUAUAACAUUUUAGAUGUGCCUCAAUUCAUACCUGCAUGCUACAGAUUGCUGUUGUCAUCCACAGAUGAUGGAGUCAUAAUCUGGAUCAGAACAUUCUAGUGAAAGCCAGGUCCUAACUGAACACUAAAUGCUGGCGCUUGAUCAAUACAACUCACUUAAAAAAGCAAAAGGGGAAAAAAGAACAGGACACAAUAAAAUUAAAAUAGUAAAAUGUCAGUAGAAAGUCAUUGCCCAUCCUAUUAAGAGUCUAGGUCCAGUGCUCCAAUUUAAUUCAGCGGUUUGAGGUACAGUGAUGAGGCUAGGUUCUUUGAUACAGUGGUUCUUCCACCAGGUAUAUAUAUAUAUAUAUAUGUAUGUAUGUAUGUAUGUAUGUAUGUAUGUAUGUAUGAUGACUUUCUACUGACAUUUUACUAUUUUAAUUUUAUUGUGUCCUGUUCUUUUUUCCCCUUUUGCUUUUUUAAGUGAGUUGUAUUGAUCAAGCGCCAGCAUUUAGUGUUCAGUUAGGACCUGGCUUUCACUAGAAUGUUCUGAUCCAGAUUAUGACUCCAUCAUCUGUGGAUGACAACAGCAAUCUGUAGCAUGCAGGUAUGAAUUGAGGCACAUCUAAAAUGUUAUACCUUUUCUAUAUCCAUAUAGAAACACUAGCUAUAUAUAUAUAUAUAUAUGUGUAUUUUAUUUGGGCUCAUACAUUUUUCAUUGUUUCCCAGAAAUUAGCCUUUUAAAUAUUUUCUUAAAAGUAAAAUGAGGUCCAUAUCAGAUAUUAUGAUCCCUUGUAGACCUGGGUCAAAUAAUAAAAAUACUUUCAAAUACUGCACUUAAUUUAGUUUGGACCGGUAGAAUAUAACCAAUGUAAUAUGGUCCCAGAAGUACAAACGCCAAGCUAAAUCAAGUGCAACUCAAAUACUUUCAAGUACAUGUAUUUUUUCAAGUAUUUGACAUAAGUAUUUUACACUAUGUAUUUGUCCUGGUCUGAUACCUUAUGCCUCUGCUGUCUUCUACAAUAGCAACAGAGCCAGAUCUAUGCUAGUUAUUUUCAUUACACUGCUAAGCUGCUUCUGUUUGCAUGGUCAAAAGAGCAAUAGGGUUCAGGACGUCACUAGAUGUGUCCCAAAUGGCACCCUAAUCCGUGUAUAGUGCAUAAAGUAGUGUAUUAUAUAUGGAAUAGGGUACCAUUUGGGACACAGCAUGUGUUUACGUCAUUACAACCCUAGUUUACGUUCGUAGUAGUUUUUUCCUGGAUGCACAUGUAAUGUACUCUUGGAGAUCAAGUGUUUUGGAUCUUGAAUUGAUAUUCGAUUGUUCCAAAGCAUUGAAGAUGGCUCAAGGAUGCAGUAUAAAUGAUAAAAAAUAAAAAAUACAUUUUGGGAGAAA